AUGAAUUGCGUUUUAAUGAAUUUGAUUAGAAACGUUCAAAUGAGAAAUCGCUAUCGCCCUUAUUCAUCCCAUACGAACGGUUCCGAUGGCAGUAUACCUGAGCUCCCACCUGAACCGACAACAUGUUGCAUGUCCGGAUGCCAGAACUGCGUUUGGAUUCAGUACGCUGCGGAUCUUACUAAAAUUCUAAACGACGGUGGAGACAAAGCACGCGAUAUCGUAUUGCAAAAGAUAUCGGAUCCAAGCUUGAAAAUGUUUUUAAAGAUCGAACUGCAGAACCUACAAUCCGAGAAAAAUGAUCCUACGUGAAGGAAGUGUCCACGUGUUGACGCAUGGCCUAUGGCCCGUUACAACAUUUCUCAACCGGAGUGUUCAUUUAAGGACGAUGAGGUGCUACUUGAAAAAUUUCAGAGUGUACAAUAGAGAGCAAUAUGUGACACAAAAAUACUUCUGAUACAAUAGCUUAAAUUCUCCAAAAGAAAAACAAAUAGUAAAGACGCGUUCCCGAUACUACUCAAAUAUUUUUACAAUGAUUUUAAGGUAGAUUAUGUCAUCUGCAAGAAAACUAACUUAAACGAAUUUUCUUUCGAAGAAAGUGAGUCAAAUGAUACAUGAAAAAUGCUCUACAUGAAAAGGCCAACGAAGGACGAACAAAAUUGCUAAGGAGAUAAGGACCAAACACCGUAAACUGAUAUCUUCGACAUAAAACGUUAUUAAAGCUUUAACGAGGCAUCUAGUUUAUAUAAUAUGUAUAUAUUUAAUAACUGCAUUAUUCUUGGUCAAAUUCAACAGCGAUCACGUGGAUCGCAAAAAUACUUUGCCAAAAGUAUGUGGUGUUGUUUUGUAGUGCAAUGCUUGUUACAAAAACUAAAGUGAAUUCGAUUUUAAAAUAGAUAGUAUUGAAAUA